AUGGACAUGCUUGCUAUUUCACCUGCGCCUGCUUCCGCUCCCUCCUCGUCCUUCUUGUCUGCUGCAGCUGUGCAGAAUUCGUUGAGUCCUUUUCGGGAUAGGGAUGGAGGUCAGAAUCGCGAUCGAGAUCGAGGGCGAGGGCGGAGUCAGAGCCAGAGUCAGGGUCAGGCUGGAAACUGGACCCGAGAAUUAAACCAAUACCAAUACCAAUACCAAUACCAAUACCGGGGCGGCAACGCGAACACGAACGCGAACCAAAACAUGAACCCGAACUUGAAUUCAACCUCAGAUGCGAACGCGAACGCGAAAAUAAACACAACCCCAAACCCGAACCCGAGCACAAAUGCAAACGCGAACGGAAAAGGGAAGGGAAAAAGCAACACGAGCGCGAGCACGACAUCUAUGGGACGUGGCCCAGCACCUGCUCCGCCGCCUUCGAUAGCGCUGCCUACGCCUGUCACGACGCCCACGAGUGAUACAGGUGUUAAUACGACUGCUAAAGUGAAUGCUGAGAUGGCUUCACCCAAGGACAUAGCGGAACAGACAUCCUCAACAUCGUCCGAGCUCAACUUCACCUCCAUCUUCGAGUCCACCUCGAAUUUAAACUUAAACUUGAAUUUGGAUUUUAGUUCGCGUUCGAGUUCGAGUUCAAAUUCGAAUUCGUAUUCGGGUUUGAAGAGGGACGAUAGUCCAUCAUCCGUGGUUACUGGAAUGCAACCAUCACGAUCCAAUUUUUCUCAGAGUCAGAAUCCUUCCCUCUCUCGAAAUAUCUCUCGAUAUCCCUCGCUCUCCAAAAAUUCUUCACAUGACCGCGACCCCCUUCCCAACCACAGCCACAGCUACAACCUCCACAACCAGGACAGUACCACUCUCUUCAUCCAAGAAGUUGACGCGUGGCUGAUCAAGAUCCGAAGGCGGGUAGAAGAGCUAGAGAGACGGCAUCGGCGGCAUAUAUCGGUGUCGCAGGGUGGGUGGUGGACGCCUGCGCCUGUUAGCGUUAGUAUUGGUGGGGGUGGAAGUAGUGGAAAAGAUAAGGGAAAGGGAAAGGAGUGGUAA